UGUACGGAGAGAACAAAGUGGUGUGCGACACAGCAAGGGUGACAGCUUGCGAUUCCGACUCGACGACGACGACGACGACAGCGACCCUAGUGGAUGUGAUGUUGUGAGUGAGAGAACGAUCGAAAGUAGUGAAAGUGGUGAAAGAAUUUUUCCCCCGUCUAAAAUCGCGCUCCAGAGUCCUGACACUCGCCAACCAGACGCAACCGAGCAAAGAAACGGAUUCUGAGUUAGGAAAUCUGGCCACCGAACGAUCAUGGCAUCCCGCGGAGGCCCUAUGGUGAUCGGCACGGACGGUGCCGACUUCGAGCACAGGCAACGUGUGGCCGCACAUUACCAAAUCAGCGCACUCAACAAGGCCCGGUUAAAAUACUGCAUUUUCUUUCACUACUUACUGUUCUUCGUAAUGCUAGUCAAACUGUCCGCCGACAUUCUGGAUCGUUUGGACAUCUUCAUCUUGGAAAUCGAGGAGCUCCAGAUUCCCCAACCACUCUGGUGGGAAUACUUCUGGUGCCUGUCGGCGUUCCUGUCCUACUUUGGUUUGUCAGCGGCCCGACGCAAUCGGAUAAGCGACAUGAAGAAGUACAUGGUUGGUAUCAGCACGGUCGCCUUCGUUCCACUUCUGUACUGUCUCAUCUACUACUUGAAUGAUGUGACUGAGUACAUCAGCUUGGAGGAGGGUAUCGAACUGGAAGACACAGACAUCUUCGUCUGGCAGGUAAUUGAUUACCCGUAUGGAUUGCUGUGGUACGGAUUCGUCCUCCUGGCACUGCAGGUGCAUUUCUUCUCGCUAUACUUUGCCUGGAACCUGAUCACGGCCUGGAGAUCCCGAGGAACUCUCAGGAAGGAACAGUAAGCAGAGAAGUUUAUCAGUUGCAGCAAUUCAACAUUGAAAGACAAUAUUUUCCAACGCAAAUGUAAUGUUCUUCGAACCAGUUUCACUACUCAUUGUUACGAUAGAAAGAUCAUUCUCUCAAUCUACAUAGCGAACAUAACUCUGCCCUUCAGAUUAGUAAUACCAGAAAAGCUAUUGUAAACUUAGGAAAAUGCUACUAAGCUUAGCACCAUUUCUUAUUAAUUGAUCAGAAAAUUAGAAUCAUGACAAGAGCCUAAGAAUGUUAGUUAUCAAAGAUGCUCAGUAAACUGUUCUUGAGUAUGAUUAGUCUUUCCAAAAUGGACUAGAACCAGAGAAUUUACACAUACCUAACAAAUUCAACCUUCUGCCCGCUCCACACAAGACGAAUAUAUUUAAACGAACGAAUUAUAAGUCUGUCUUAGACCUUCUACAGAAGACAGUUAAUUUUGAAAAUUUUUCUAUGUCGUUUACUAUUUAAUUUACAGAACUCGUGAUUAGAAUUUAAUUAUAUGUACGGAUUAUUGAUUUCUUUAUUAUUUUUUCAAUGACGCAACAAUGCAAUGCAGCAAAAAGUCGUCAACGCUCAAGAUAUUGAACCAUUAUAGGGAAUAACAUCCAACCAGAGCUUAUUACAGUUGAGCCACCACCGAAAAAGCGCUCCAACGAUAAAUCAAACGGACUAAAGCGGUCGAAAGUAAGGACAAAAAUCAAUCCCACAGGAAGAGCUCACCAAUGCGCUGUCAUGCGCCCGGAUAUAUUUUCACAAUAAAACAAAACGCAAUUAAGAAAGAGGCGACAUUUAUUCAAAUGAGUGCAAGGGAUAUGCUAACAGGGGGUUCAAAAUAACGUGAAAUGUCAAAAUGAUAUUUAUUGUGAGUAAUGUUAUUCAACUUGUUCUUAUGAAUGCAGUAGGAAACUUAAAUCGUUAGGAGGGAGGACAAAUAAAGUUGUUGUAAUGAAAUAAA